GUCGGUUACUUACUAACAGCCGAUGCAGUUGCAGUAGUUUCAGUCGAGUUAAACUUGUCGCAAUAAAAUGCUGCUAGCGGUGUUGGUGGUGAUUAUUUCCGCUUUUCCUGAAUCCCAAACUUACUCCACAAAUGGCCUGUAUCGAUGCGGUAUUCGAAAACGCUUUGGAGUACAGCUGGUUCAUCACGGCUAUAUAGCGGAAAAGGGACAAUGGCCGUGGCAUGUUGCUUUGUACCACAGAACACAGAAUGGAAGUGAGUACAAAUGUGGAGGAACUCUCAUAGAUCAGCGUCAUGUUCUCACUUCCGCGCACUGUGUUGUCCGAUCUAAUGGAUUUCCAAUCGACGCCCGUGUGUUGGCGAUUCAUCUCGGUCGUCACGAUCUACGGGAACAUCCGGACCACAUGCAAGUGAAAUCGGUAACGGAAGUGCAUGUUCAUGAAGAUUUUGAAACAAAUAGGAAUGACAUCGCUCUGCUGGUGCUGAAUUCAACCGUUCAGUAUUCCGAUUACGUCAUUCCGAUAUGCUUGGAUAUGCAAGCGGAUAGGAAUGCCGCUAAACUGGACGGUUUGCGAGGUUCGAUCACCGGAUGGGGCCAGUUGGAGAAUGGAUCACUUCCGGCGCAGCUUCGAACGGCCGAGAUGCCAAUCGUAAGCCAUCUUCAGUGCCUUCAGAACGAUCCGAUUCUAUUUGGACGCUUUUUGAAUCCCAGCGUUUUCUGUGCUGGUGAUAGAAAUGGAACGAGUGUUUGCAAGGGGGACAGUGGAGGAGGAUUCUACGUUAGUGAAGGCGAUCGCUGGGUUUUGAAAGGUAUCGUUUCGUUCGCGGGAAUCGAUGAACAUGACGGGUGUGACACUUCCAAGUUUGUAGUGUUUGCCAACGUGGUGUACCAUCUUUCGUGGAUCAGUAACUUGACCCGCACAGGACCAGCCGGAGUUAUCAAGCCCAUCUCCAGACGGGUUAGCGAAAUCGAAUGCGACAAAUUUAAAUUAAUUGCCAAGAAAAAAGGAAAUGGAGUUUGCUACAAUUCAAGGAAUCCUCAUUCUGUCAGUAUUUGGUACGAAGGACCGAUGACAGCAUGCUCCGGGGUCUUAGUGAGUAACAAUUUUGUGUUGAUACCAUGUCAUUGCACCAGUGGUCCCUUUGAGCUUGACUUCGUGCGAAUCGGAGAAACGACGAAUAACAAAGUAGUAAACGUAACUUGCCAUCCAGCUUACCGUAAACAAUUAGCAUAUCAUGAUCUUGCACUCAUUCAGUUGGAAACCUCAGUCCGUUUUACACCAUCCCUUUUACCGGCCUGUUUGGCCAACAACUGGACCGAGAAUCUAUACGAAACGUUGCUGGUAACGGGACACGUUGGAAAUGGCGAACGAUCCGAAUUUCUGGAAACUGUUGAAAACCGUGUAAUCGCGAGGGACGAAUGUAACCGGAUGGAUUUCUUUAAGUCGCGUCGAUUUUCGUCCGGUAUUUCUGACGGCGAAGUGUGUGUGAUGAAUGACGACCCCGAGAGGGAAACCUCCGUCCGAAUACCGGGAGCAGCGCUGCAAACUAUGAGUACUCGCACCUGUAUGGUUACGCUAUUGGCUAUUCAGGUGGCAACCAGCACUGACAUACUGGCAAGGACCGUGCCUCUUGAUUUGUAUACUCGUGUUGCUUCCCACUUGGACUGGAUUGAAGAAGUAGUUUGGGGUGACAGCUCCGAUCUCGAUGUCCCCACAUCGGAAGCAAUUGUAAGGCCGAUUAAGACUGAUUCAGAUGAAUUGAACCCGGACUUUGUGUAUCCAGAUCAUCCAGUGUUAAAUCGAACGAAUGUUUAGGUUGUACUUAAUGACUAUAAAAUACAUGGUUAUAUUUUACUGA